ACUAUGGUUUCACUUUUGCACGUCUUCCAGUUGCCAUCGCCAGUUCACGGAUCUUUACGCAAACCUGUUUAACCUAUGGUGUUUUUUAAGCUCCUCAACAAGCUGACAUGUUUCUCUGGCAGCAGAAAAGAAGCAGAGUGGACUUCCCCUCGUUUCUGACGGUGUAACUGCCGGAGGAGUAACGAUGUGGCUGCCCGUGUCCCUGACGGUGUUGGCCGGGUGGCUCUGUGUUUUCGGGGCUUUUGUGUCCGCACAGUCCGAGAAUAUCGUCUACAAGAAGGAGGGUGAUGAAGUUGUCCUCAAACCUGGCUCCAUCUCUGUGCCUGUCCCCAUCACCAGCAUCAUCUGGAGAGAUGGUCCUAACAUUGCCUCUCAGUGGGACAAUUCUGACUCUGAGAUUACUAAUUAUCGUCAUUUCAAAGGCCGUGUGAGCCUGAACAUUUCCAGUGGAGAGAUGACAAUCAAAGGACUUACUCGAAGUGACACUGAAUUGUACACACCGGAAAUCAACAGCCUCAAGGCCGCUCCAACUCGUCUCAUUAUCAUCUCUCCAGUCCCUGUACCCACUGUCACUAAAGCCUGUGAUGAUGCGAACACCAGCUGUACUUUGACCUGUGAAGGAAACACCACAGCUGUUGAACUAGUCACCUACAUAUGGAAGUCAGAUGACAAAGAACUGACAGCUUCAUCUAAGGAGCACCAUGUUACAAAGGAGGACAGUUCAAGCAUAAAGGAGUUCAGCUGUGAGCUGAAAAAUCCAGUCAGCCUGGAGAGCAGCAAACCCAUCCCCAACCCUUUCAUCACGACUCCACCUGAAGGGGGUCUGAAAAUUAACGCAGGACUCACAGUCUUCAUCUGUCUGCUGACAGUCGUGGUGGUUGUGGCUCUUAUACACAGAUGGAAAGCAGGGAUGUGGUUCUUCCAAAAAGACUCCAUGCCAUGGGAAGCAGACUUCUGGAGGAAUCAUAAGAAGCCACGAACAAAUGUGCCUGAAACUAAUGGCACCACAGUUCCUCAGGAGCAGCAAGAAGACGAGGAAACACCAAUAGCAUAGACACCUGAACAACACCAACAAGUCAGGAGCUGUCUGUCAGGUGUAAAAGAAAUGAUCCUCACCUGUCUAAAAAAAUAAAAUAAAAAAAAUCUUCUGCUGGGACCUACCUAAAGUCACA